GCUUUAUUCCAACAAAAAUCUUGGAUUACAAGAAACCACUUUGCUCGCACAGCAAAAUCCCACCAGUUGGGAGAAGAGAAAUUGGGACAAAAACAUAAAAUUCCACAAAAAAGGGUAUAUCAGAGCAUACCAUAACAUCCAAGGAAAGAAAAGAAAAAGAGAAGAAAGGGCAAAGAACAAAUACGUUGUUGUCUCAGUUGUUUUUUCUCGAGAAGAUCAUCAGAAUGGGAUCUUCUUCUGGCCAGAGUGGCAGCAGCUACGAUCUGUCGUUUAAGGUUUUGCUGAUCGGCGAUUCUGGUGUCGGCAAAAGUAGUCUUCUCCUCAGCUUCAUCUCUACUUCUGCUGAAAAUCUUGCCCCCACGAUUGGGGUGGAUUUUAAGAUCAAGCUGCUCAAGGUGGGUGGGAAGAGAUUGAAGCUAACAAUCUGGGACACUGCUGGACAGGAGAGGUUCAGAACAUUAACAAGCUCCUACUAUAGAGGUGCCCAAGGGAUUGUUCUUGUCUAUGAUGUCACACGGAGAGAAACGUUCACGAACUUAUCCGACAUAUGGGCUAAAGAAGUCGAACUCUACUUGACAAAUAAGGAAUGUGUCAAGAUGCUUAUUGGUAAUAAGGUUGACAGAGAUUCUGAAAGGGCUGUGAGCAGAGAGGAGGGGAUUUCUCUAGCAAAAGAGCUUGGAUCCUAUUUUCUUGAAUGCAGUGCUAAAACCAGAGAAAAUGUGGAGAAAUGCUUUGAAGAGUUGGCAUUGAAGAUUAUGGAGGCUCCUAGUCUGAUUGAAGAGGGUUCUAAUGUAAUUGUAAAAAGGAACAUUCUGAAACAGCAGGAAUUCCAGCCUGCAUCAACUGAAAGUUGUUGCCUCUGAUAAAACUCCGGUACGAAACAUCGUUACGAAAGCACGACUCUCCUUAUCGACAGUUCCUGUACAUGUCUCCUCCUACUGCUCCUCCAUCGUCAUUAAGUUGUUGUUUGCUUAAUUGACUGUAAUUGGGAGUUGAAAAAAAAUCAAAUACAUCCAUCCAUCAACUUGUGUAACUUUUUCCUUCCAGUUUUUUCUUCCAUCUUUUGGAUUGUUUGGCCUUGUAUUGUACCUAUCUAUACUAACAAAAUUCCGCGUGUAUCAUAUGAUCAAACAUGUCCCUCUUUCAGUAUCUAGUGAUCUCACUUCACUACUCUUCAAGCA